AUGCCGCUAAAACGGAAGGCAGAAGAUACAGUCACAAUGUCUGACAGUGCUAAAACUCCGUCGAAGAGAGUGCGCGACUCUAAUUCUGAUGCCGAGGGGGAUAUUGUUUCUGAGGCCACCCCACAGACUGGCGAGAAAAGGAAGCGUGGUCGCCCGCGCAAGUACCCCGAGGGUACUUUCCCCAAGCCCUCUACCGAUGGCCCCAAGCGCGGCCGUGGACGUCCUCGAAAGAUUCUCACUGAGGAGGAAACUGCUGCCGCUGCAGCCCAAAAAGAAGCAUUAGCUGCAGAGGGCCCCAAGAGAGGGCGCGGGCGUCCUCGCAAGGAACCAGGCACCGAGACACCGAAGUCAGCAACCACAACCCCGAAAAAGAAGGACGGUCGAGGCAGGCCACGCAAGAGCUUGCCUGCCAAUGGUACGGAGGGUGCUGUUGAAACCGAAUCGAAGCCCGAAGCUACCCCGCCAAGCGUGCCCAAAGACGAUGCUGGUCGCUCCUACUGGCUGAUGAAGGCAGAGCCUGAAUCACGUCUCGAGAAAGGUGUGGAUGUCAAAUUUUCCAUUGAUGACUUGGCUGCGGCGGAUAGCCCAGAGCCAUGGGACGGAGUUCGCAAUGCUGUUGCCAGGAAUCUUAUGCGGGACAUGAAGAAGGGAGACUACGCUUUUUUCUACCACUCCAACUGCAAGACCCCUGGAGUUGUCGGCGUUAUGGAAAUUGUGCAGGAGCACUCAGUCGAUGAAUCCGCCUUUGAUUCCAAGCACCCAUACUAUGACCCUAAGGCCACCCGCGAAAACCCCAAGUGGGUGGUUGUGCACGUUGAAUUUCGCUGCAAACUCAAGAAGCAGGUAACUUUGAAUGACCUCAAGUCGCACUCCCAGCCCGGAAAGGCCCUGGAGAACCUGCAGACCAUCAAGCAAUCACGGCUCAGUGUUUCCUCCGUGACCCCCGCACAAUGGCGUUACAUCUUGGAGCUGGCGGGUGAAGAUCCAGACCACCUUCUCAAGACGGACUUUGACGAUGAAAGUGAAUAA